AACGUCAAUGUCACUGUCAAAAGCAUUGAUGUGUUUUUGUUUUGAAUUGUUCCGAUAAAUUUUAUCAUCAAAAAUUUGGUUGAUCUAAAUUGAGUACCUAACAAUGUUUAAACGGGCAAUUUCACUUAAUUCUCAUUUGAGACAAUUCAUCACGAGAAAUGCGAACGCUAGAUCGAUCUCCUCAAUCAAUUAUAAAACGCAUCAAAUCAACCAAACGAAAAGCUUGUUACAACCGAAACAACAAUUUGCUCCAGUUAUCCGAUCAAUGUUUAUACAAACACAAGACACCCCAAAUCCGGACAGCCUGAAAUUCCUACCCGGCAUUGAAGUGUUGGGUCAGGGAUCCACAUUAGAUUUUCCUACUGGCAGUAGUGCUUACUGUAGCCCAUUGGCAAAAUUAAUAUUUCGCAUUGAGGGCGUGCGUUCCGUAUUCUUUGGUCCAGACUUCAUCACAGUUUCGAAACUCGAAGACGCCGAAUGGAGCCUAUUGAAGCCGGAAAUUUUUGCGGUAAUCAUGGACUUCUUUGCGAGUGGAUUGCCAAUUGUAACGGAUGCUCAACCGAAAAACGAUACACAGAUUAAUGAUGAUGACAGUGAAACGGUAAUGAUGAUCAAAGAAUUGUUGGAUACAAGAAUUCGACCCACGGUACAGGAAGAUGGAGGUGAUAUCAUUUUUAUGGCGUAUGAAGAUGGCAUAGUGAAGCUUAAAAUGCAGGGCUCCUGUUCGUCAUGCCCGAGUUCAAUUGUUACGUUGAAGAAUGGUGUUCAAAACAUGCUGCAAUUCUACAUACCAGAAGUUGUUAGUGUUGAGCAAGUUUUCGAUAAAUCCGACGAGGUAAUUGCAAAAGAGUUUGAUAAAUUAGAAGAGAAAAUCAUGAAAAAGGACCCGACAAACACUUGAGAAACUUGCUAAAGGCAAUGUCUAAAAUAGAAUUGGUUUUAUUGCUGUCGUCAAUUUAAAAAUAAAAAUAAAAUAAAAUACACCAAGCACUGCAGAG